AUGACACAACUGCUGUCGCACGAUUCUCAGUCCUUUCUGGGCGAGACUUGUGCAUUCUACCUGGCUUCCUUUAAAGACAAGUUUCCCACUUCCCUCAACGCCAUUCAAGACAAAUUCAUCACAGCCUUUUCUGCUGAAACGCCUUUGUCUUUGCGCUCCCUUGGGCCCCCACCAACGUGGAUUACCGAGAACACCUUCGCCGCCGACAAGUUUACACUCGCUGUUACCAUCCUUGCUUGUGCACUAGCAGUAGCCAUCAUGUCCUGGCGCUCUCCGUUCACCAACCUCUUCCGUCGCUCUCCACAGUAUUCCACUGUUUCCAACACGCCGCAAGUCAGCGAUAGCGAUUACAGUUACAUCGUCGAUGGUGCGGCAGGCACAUAUAGGAAUCAAGAUGACAAUGCGCCAGACACGCUUCUCCUUAAACACAAAAGGAACGCAUAUGAGCUGAAUUUCCCAGCAUACGCCAUUAAUGAUGGGACGCUCAGCGUUCGCGAGUUGAGGCGACGAGCUGCAGAGGCGACAGGGGCUCCCGACCCAAAGCGGGUCAAGCUACUUUACAAGGGCAAGCUUUUGGACGACGAUGAUCUGCCCUGCCGGGAUGAGGGACUCAAACAACAGUCGGAGGUGCUAUGUGUGGUAUCGGAGGUAGGAGAGAGUACCCCUAGCGAGGGGUCCGACGCGGAGGAUAAGGCCAGCGACUCGGCACCUCCGGAUGAUGCGCCCCGCCCGAAGAGGGUUCGCAACCGAAACAAGAGCAAGAAGAAUAAGAAUAAGAAAAAGAACAAAGAUGGUGCUGACACUCUCCCGUCGUCUGCCGACCAGACACCCUCUGCAUCCCCCGGCAGAUCGACGCUACCAGCGCCGGCUCCCAACCUCAAAGCCUUCAGUACCCCACUUGAGCAAGCACAGGCACUUUCUGCGUACUUUCAAAGAGAGCUGCUGCCACUUUGCGAUGAAUAUAUUGCCAAUACCCCGGCCGAUCCUAAGUCGCGUGAAUUUGAGCAUGCGAAGUUGAGCGAGACGAUUCUGGCACAAGUGAUCCUUAGGGCAGAUGGCAUUGAGCCCGAUGGUAACGUGGACGCUCGAAACGCGCGCAAGGCGCUUGUUAAGGAAGCGCAGUCCACCCUCACAAAACUGGAUCAAGCAAAGGCAUGA